AUGUUUGAACUAUACCGGCGAUUAAAAUGGGUUUACCAGAAAUUUCAACUCAGCACCUGGGUGCCAUUCGUCGCACUGGUCUCCUACACAAUAUUUGGUGCUUUUCUUUUCAAAAGUUUUGAAAUGGAAAAUGACCAGCAAGCUCGAGAACGUUAUCGGAACAAAACCACAUAUGCCAUGGACCAAGUUUUGGAAAGAAUGCUUGAGGUACGAUGUCAUGAUCCAGCACUACGAGACUCGGAUAAGGAAUAUCAGGUUUUGGAAAGAAUGCUUGAGGUACGAUGUCAUGACCCAGCACUACGAGACUCGGAUAAGGAAUAUCAGAGAUCUCUGCCAACUGUGAGAAAAGGGGAAUUGGCAGAAGAAAUUUUGAGGUUAUUUUUUUUUCAGUUAAAACAUGCAAAAGAGGCGCUGGUCUGGUUCUUGGAACAAUUAAACCUAACUGAAGUGAUAAAUGAACGAACUGAAGAUACGCCAUGGACGUGGCUUGGUUCAAUGUUCUACGCUGGACAGCUUUAUACUACUAUAGGUUACGGGUAUCCUACAACAAGCACUACAGCUGGACGGGUGGCUUCUAUUUUUUAUAUACUUUUCGGAAUUCCAAUAUUUCUCAUAAUCCUCAAGGAUAUAGGUCGACUUAUGUCACGUGGGUUGCGAAAGUUGUACAAACGUCUUCGUGGGUCGCGUGAAAAAAUCGUACAAUCUAGGACU